AGUUUUGGCUCUUCUCAACGGAACAAAUAGCACUUGCUAGUGUGCGCAGCACCGACGCUUCUACAAAGAUGGCCUCUACGGAUGUGAUGCCAAUGCCUGUGAGCCUCCCCACCAGCGCGGGAACUCGCGAGGUCUUGGACCUGGCAGAUCCAUUGCUGAACCUCCAGAAGCUUGAUGAUCCCAAGGUGUCCAUUCACCAGUGCUCCCAGAAGUACGGGCCGCAGGCGAUCCGCAGCAUCUUCGAGAAAUUGCAGGAACGUCGCAAGGAGCCUGAGUUCGAGGAGCUCAACUUUUCAGACAACCACAUUGGAGAUGAAGGUGCUGAGUGCUUGAAGGAUGGCCUCAAGAACAACCUCACUUUGAAACGUCUGUUGAUGCCGCGAACAGGCUUGAAGACCCGGGGCUUCCAAUGCAUGGGCGAGUUGUUGCAGCACUCUUCCACCCUCGAGAUGUUGGUGCUUAGCUCCAACAUGGCAGAUCCGAAGGGUGUGGAGGGCAGCUUCAUGAUAGGCCUGCAGAAGAACAAGUCCUUGAAGUCUUUGUGCCUCGCCGCCUGCCGUCUCGGAAACCAAGGAGUUGGACAGCUUUGCGCUGGUCCAUUGGCAAACCAUUUUUCGCUCGAGCAUGUUUCCUUCAGCUACAACCGCUUGGAGGACGAGGUUUGCAGCAGUGUGGUGAAGAUGCUUGCCACCAACACGAAGUUGAAAUACUUGGAGCUGAAUGGCAACAGCCUGGGUGUGGCAGCCGCUGAGGAGCUGGUGAAGGGUUUGCAAAGCAACAAGACCCUCGAGAAGCUGGGCUUGGCACAGAACUCCAUCAUGCAAAAGGGUGCUACUGCUUUGAGCAAGCAUUUCGUGUCUGACAAGGGGCAGAAUUUGAUCUACCUGGAUCUUCGCUACAACAAAGUUGGCUACUACGGCUGCGUGGACAUCCGCAAGAUGAUCAACAAGCCAAUGGAGGAUGACGAGGCGAACAAGGGCUGGAUGAUCAAUUUUGGAGAGAGGCAGCUCAUGCUCAAUGCACACUGAGCGCACUGAGAUACUGGCCGCCGGAAACGCUGCGGUUUUUCUUGCAUCGCAGUGCGUGGCCAGUGAGGCAGCUGUAGCAAUUCUUUUCCAAGGUUGCCAAGCGCGAUGUGGUAGAGUUUUGUGGCCCGUCACGGCCAUUUGGAACCAACGUGCUAGACCGGCGGUGAUUGAAAGAUAGGUUGACUUGAAC